AUGGCAACCCCAACCAAAGCCACAACCUACGGCUCCAAGGAGCAAUACAUCCCAGGCUACACCCAAGUCCGCCACCACGAAUGGCGCACCGCCACCAACAGCGCCGCCUACCUCCUCCCCGUCCUCCAACAGAAAGCCGCCACAACCCCCAACCUCAACCUCCUGGACAUCGGCUGCGGCUCCAGCACCAUCACAACCUCCCUAGCCUCCUACCUCCCGGCCGAAGGGAAAAUAACCGCCACCGACAUCUCCCCCGAGAUCCUCAUCAAAGCCCAGGCCUUCGCUGAGAAAGCUGGUGUAGAAUCGAAGAUCCAUUUCCAGACUGCUGAUAUUUACGCUCUGCCGUUCGAGGAUGGAGCGUUCGAUAUCGUCCACGCGAGCAUGGUACUCUCCCACCUCUCGGACCCCGUGGCCGCUUAUAAGGAAAUGCUGCGUGUCACCACUCCCGGGGGCGUAGUGGCGAACCGCGAGUCCGAUUUGACGGCUUGGUCCUACCACCCUCGUCUGCCAGGGAUAGAGAAGUUCCAUCGGUGCCACAUAGCCGUUCAUGAAGCGGCCAAGGGCCAGACGACGGCGGGACCACGGACGCUGGGGUGGGCAUUGAAGGCUGGGGCGAAGAGGGAGGAUGUAGAGGUGGGGUGUGGGACGUGGAUGUAUGCUACUGCUGAGGAGAGGGCGAUUUGGGGCGGCUCAAUGGCCGAACGCAUACGCACCGGCGGCAUGACAACCAAGAUCCGAGAGCUCAAUCUCGCAUCCGAGGAGGAAAUCCAGGAAAUGGGUGAUGCGUGGGAGGAAUGGAUCGCGACCGAAGAUGCCUGUCAUGGGAGUUUGCACCGGGGAGAGCUUAAUUCAUAA